AUGACGUCACCCUCCUCAACGACGUCCCUCCUGGGGGGACCUGUCUCCUCGAUGGAUAUCGCAUCCCUCAUUUCCGCCUCGUCCGAAUUCGUCAUGCGCUACCGCAACUCGGAAGCCCUGCGCCGCUCCACCGUCGCGCGCCGUCGAACACUAGCGUCCGCCCGACUCUUCGGUGGUGAGACGCCGUCGUCCUCCUCAAUUGACGUGACCCACCGGCUCAGCAUGCGCCCCACCGCCGAAACUGACCACCAUUACGAGUUUAACCUUAAAAAGAAGGGGGGCCUUCACGCCGCCGAAAGCAAAUCGUCAAGUCUCUCGAAAAGUCUAAAUCGUUUCGGCGCAGGCGCUGGUCCCUCGUCGUGGGAACAUUGGUGGAUCUCUUCGCCCCAAUGGCGUCGAAAAUUGGUCACUACAAUCGUCGUUUUGGCCAUCUUCACUCUAAUCCAGUUCGUUGCCGGGGUAUAUUUUUUCCUGAGUUGGUCCCAAAUUGAGGUGCGUGAUCCCAUGGUUUGCGCCACGCCGAAAUGUCGCGCCCUGUCGAAAUGGAUGUCCAGCUCGGCGGAUUAUGUGGAGGUGAAUCCGUGCUCCAAUUUUUACAAGUUUACGUGCGGAAAGCAUAAUCCGAAUGAUAAGGGCGAUUUGUGGGAAUGGUGGUUCAAAAAUUUCGCCCGUCUCGAAUCCGACGGCACCAAUGGGGAAUCCAUCCUAGCGAAAAUCCUCCUUCGUCCCGAACCUGGCGAUGUUAUCGGACAACGAGUCAUUUCCUAUUAUCAAACCUGCAUGAAAAUCUGGCAGACCGAAACGCUCCAGUUGAACGAAUCAUUAACGAUCCUGAUUCAACACAUUUUCGACCAAGACUUUGACCUCUGGGGGACCGAAAACAAGUACGAAUUGGAACGCGUAGCCGUAAAAAUGAUUCGCCUCUUUGGCGACGAUGGAUUUUACCACGUCUACGCCCCCGUCGCUUAUCCCAAGGUUAUCUUCGCCACGUGGAUUUUCACCGGACAAAUUAAGAAGGAAUACCUCACAAAGUUCUUGCCCUUAAUUUAUGACGCCUUGAACAUUCGUGGACUCAAAGUUCGAGAUAAACUUGACUUCUUAGUGGGGCGAAUGGUGGCGAAAUUGGAGGCGCUAAUGUUCCACGGGUUGCCGAACUAUGUCGACAAAGAGGGUAAAACUUGCCUCGAUUUACCCACGAGCGACAGCUUCAUGGCGAAAACUGGGAAAAAUAACGACUACAAUUUCGAACUGCCUUACUUUCUCGCGUAUCACGGCGAAGAAAAUGUCGACAUGGAGUCCCCGACGCCAAAACUUACCAACGGCAAGGUCCUCAAACUUACCCCGGAUCCGUUGAAGGGCGCCGCGAUGGCGGACAAUUACAGGGCCUUGAUUUCAAACUGGAACUGCUGGGUGGCGGAUACGUUUGGAGAGGAGGAGGAUGCAAAAUAUGUGCGCCCCUUUUACGCUACGUUUUGGUCGUUACGACUGCUCAUCGAGUUGGUGCAUGAGGCUGACGCCAAGACAGCGGAAGAAUAUGAGCUGGGCGAUAAGGCAAAUAGGUUCUUUUCGGUGUAUCAGGAAGAAUAUCACUUAAGGACGAAGGAGUCACGCUGUUUUCAAAGUACGCUUGACUCGAUGGGAUAUUACCCAGUUUUCCAUUACUUCCGGUCCGUCGACUCGCGGAAGGAAGAAGCGCUCAAAGUCAUUCGACAUGCAGCAUUGUAA